AUGUCUAGCACAACUAUCACCAACAACAACUCACCUGAGGUUGCCGAGGAUUUUAACGUCAGUUCUGAUCUACCACUCCAACUGACAUCCUCUUUACGACAAAACACAGCUUCCAUCACACCAUCUGUGUUCACGUCAGCAUCUUCUGUCUCUGAAUCAUCUCAGACAUCUAUUACAACAUCUAAACAAGGAGACACUAACGCAGCAUCUGGAAGCAACACCAUCUUUGGCAUUGUUUUUCCCUCUCCUCCUCCCAACACUCCAGCCGAGAACUGUGGUGGCAUCUCUGUUUCAAGCAAACCAUCACCUAAAUCUAGCUGGACAGGAGAAUAUUCUCAGUCUGAUCCUGGAACUCCUACCACUAACCUGUCUAAGCUUGGCUGGACAGGAGAAUACUCUGAUCCUGGUACCCCCGUCAAUGGGACGUCUAAGCUUGAUUGGACUGGAGAAUACUCUCAAUCUGAUCCUGGUACCCCUAUCACCAGCAUGUCUAAACUUGGUUGGACGGGAGAGUACUCUACCUCUGGUGUCGAGCCUGAAUAUUUGAUGGCAAGACUCAGCACUGUGGCAAACAAGUCAGAGGAUGUGCCUGAUAAAGCUCAGUAUGAAGACGAGGAGAAGUCUUCUGGGGAGAGCUCCGGGACCAAAAGGGAUUCCACUGCUUCCAUUGUCAGAGACAUCAAUUCUGAGGAAGAAGAGGUAGCCAAGUUGGCACGUCAGGCUGUCUGGCGUGUGACUCCCCGCUCAGUUAUGGAAUCUCUUGACAUUAAGCAAGUCAAGUCUGGAGUGGUCACUAUCACCAACUCGGUAGCCCAGCCUCAAUCUGCUGUUCUAUGCAACAUUGAGGAUGAAUCAGUUCCCGAAGCGGAAGAGGCUUUGGUGUCCCCUCUUACUGAGGCAAAGUCCACAAAUGAUGCCGAACUUGUCAACGGAGAAAAGACUGGUACUAUGGGUUGCAUGGCUUCCUGCAUGAGUGCCUUCAAGAUGGGCAGCAGGUCCAAACCCCAGGUACCAGUCAACCAACCCAAGCAUGCCACUCUCUCACCAGGAAAGUCUUGUCUCAAGCCAACUUCUUCUCUGGCUGGCACAGUUCUUGAUAGAACCGAGGAAGACAGUCCUAUUCAGCCUGUUCCAGCACCCAAGACCCCAAAAGGCGCAAAGGUGACUUUCGAUCUAGACGAGGCAGCCGAGGGUGACGAGUCCAAGCCCAGGCCCAGGCCCAAGCGCAAGUCUAGGUCUCAUUUCAACUUCAACAUUGUGCCACAGCUCUUUAGCAAAAAUGGCAAUGAGGACAUACAAGACAGUUCUGAUGAGGAAGAAAUCGAUGAUCCAGAUUCACCAUUUGCAGCACAAGACUUGGAAAUCCAACGCCGUCUUGCAAGAGCUGACGUUCACCGCGACGCAAAUGAACGCACCUCCAUCAUCCGAGGCGCGCUGGACUUUCUCUUGGUUGUCUGUGAUAGAGUCGACACUGUUGCUGCUGAUCGCAUCAGCGACCUCUUGAACAAGACUGGGGAUAGGUGUCUUGGGAGCUAUAUUGGUGAAGAAAAGGAUCAUGUGAAUCCUCAUCAAUAUGCGAAUAAAGUUGAUAAGAGACUGUACCGUUCCAAGGAGACGGCUAUGUCUUAUUCAAGAAGACGACAGCCUCGCAAUAUUAUUCGCCUUGGAACUCCUUUUGCGAGGGACUGGCCGCAAUUCCAUUAUUAA